AUAACAAGCCCUCUGUAUUAUUCUAGUGGAUGGUAAAGUUCUAAGUCUGGAAAACAUGGUGGAUCGUAUUGGGGUCGAUAAUCAAGACGUAAACUACCAAAUUGUUCGUUGAUGUACUUGAUUUUUCAUUCAAAUUUUUUGACCAUAGAAAAAAAGUAGUGGCCCAAAACCAAAUUUACCCUCUAUACAAAAUUUCGCGAACUCAUGAAGAGUUAUCACUUCAAUCGAAAAUUACUGCCUUUUAAACAUCAACAAGUUUCCAACCAGUAUAUUAAUAUUUGUUAAUAAUAAUGUCAGACAAUACCCCUCUUGAUGAACUACAAUGGAAAUCUCCAGAAUGGAUACAGGCGUUUGGACUAAGGACAGACAAUGUGCUGGAAUAUUUUUCACAAUCACCAUUCUUUGAUAGAACUUCUAAUAACCAAGUGGUUAAAAUGCAAUCUCAAUUCAAUGAAAACAUUCAGCUGCAUAGCUUGAAUAUUGAAAAUGAGCUUAAAAAGAUGACAGGUAUUGAAUUUGUGAUAUUGCAUCGCCGUGAACCUGAUUUUUGGAUCAUAAGGAAACAAAAUAGAUUGGGACCUGAAAAAGUGGAAUCAUUAUCAGAUUAUUAUAUCAUUGGGGCAAAUAUAUACAUGGCACCAAAUGUCAAGGAUGUGGUAUCUACAAGAUUGCUCAGUUCCGCGUUAUCAUUGAAGAACGCAAUGGAUAAACUACAAUCACUAGCUCAAUUCACUCCAUCUGAUGGUCAUACAUACCGUUUAGAAGCUACAGAAACACCAGCCCCUUCUAGACCAAGAACUCUUGGUAAUACACCAUAUAGUCCUGCCACACCAACUGUUCAAGGAUCGGGUUCCUUGAAUAAAAGUGAAUCAUUAUCAAUUGCUACAAUAGACAACCUAUUCAACAUAUCAUUAAAAAACAACAUUGCAUAUUUAGAUGAAGUACCCUCUUCCAGACCAGAUGCUGUCUUUGAAACUAAUACAAAAAACGCUGUUGUUAAAUCAACAAUAGCAAUUAAUGACGAUGAGCAAAGUAUAGCAUCUGUGAAAAAGGGCAAAAAACCUUUGAAACAAUGA